AUGCUUCUGAUCACGCUUAAACCAUGGCUUGCCAUAUCUAUACUAUUUUCUUUCUCUCUAUCAAAUGUAGUAGGUGCAUUUGUUGGAAUAAACAUUGGGACGGCUGUUUCAAAUUUACUCCCAGCUUCAGAUUUGGUUGCACUCCUUAAAGCUCGUCAGAUAACUCAUGUACGCCGAUUUAAUGCUGAUGCUCAUAUGUUGAAAGCUUUAGCCAACACUAGUAUCAAAGUUAUUAUCGGUGUUACAAAUGAUGAAGUCUUAGGAAUUGGAGAGUCGCCAUCAGCUGCUGCUGCUUGGGUAAAUAAAAAUGUAGCAGCUUACAUGCCCAGGGUAAAUAUUACAGCUAUUGCUGUGGGAAGUGAAGUUCUCACCGCUAUCCCAAAUGCUGCACCAGUUUUAGUUCCCGCUAUGAAUUACUUGCAUAAAGCAUUGGUGGCUUCACUACUCAAUCACCAAGUUAAAGUUUCAGCCCCGCAAUCAAUGGACGUGAUAGCUAAGUCAUUUCCCCCUUCCACCGCCACUUUCAACUCUUCAUGGAACUCAACCAUCUUCCAGAUCCUUCAGUUUCUAAGAAAUACAAACUCGUAUUACAUGUUGAAUGCUUAUCCGUAUUAUGAGUAUGUUCACUCUGAUGGAAUUUUUCCAAUCGAAUACGCUCUUUUCCAACCUCUCUCUGCAGUGAAGCAGAUUGUUGAUCCGAACACCUUGUUUCAUUAUGAAAGCAUAUUUGAUGCUUUAGUUAAUUCUACAUACAACUCCAUUGGAGCACUCAACUUUUCAGAUAUCCCUGUUGUUGUGACAGAGACUGGUUGGCCGUGGGAUGGCGAUUCCAAGGAGCCAGAUGCUACUAAAGAAAAUGCGGGAACUUUUAAUAAUAACCUGAUUCGGCAUGUUUCAAAUGAUACCGGUCCACCCGGUCAACCCAAAAGUCCCAUCAACACCUUUAUUUACGAGAUGUUCAAUGACGACAAGAAACCUGGUUCGAUCUCAGAAAGAAGCUGGGGGAUCUUUUCUACAAAUGGGAGCGAGGUUUAUCCCAUUAGUCUUGGUUCCCCGGGCGGCAUUUCUGGCAAUUUUAGUAAAGCUUUUUGUGUAGCAAAACCGGGUGCAGAUGAGAACAAAUUGCAGGACGGAAUUAACUGGGCGUGUGGCCAGGGACAUGCUAAUUGCAGUGCAAUUCAAUCUGGGCAGCCUUGUUAUUUCCCAGAUACAUUGCAGAAUCAUGCUUCGUAUGCUUACAAUAACUAUUAUCAGAGAAUGCGUAGUCUUGGUGGAACUUGCGAUUUUGACGGUACAGCAACAAUUACAAUACAAGAUCCGAGUAAUACCAGAACAUGUAAAUUUACAGGAAGUUCGAGUCCAGGUGGUGGGGUGUUCCCUUCGGCAACAUUUGGACCCAUCGGUCAGAUUUCACGGAGUUCAAUGAUCCGAUCGCCUGUUUUUGUUUACACAGUGGUUGUAUCAUUGGCUUUGUUGAUGCUUGAUGUGAAUGUGCAUUUUAUUUUCUAG